CUGGGUAGGCAAAGUUGCCAGCCCAGUCCCCCCACCCCAGCUGUCUCCCUGUUUUCUGCAUCAUCCUCAUCAGGGGCCCUUUUCUCUUUCCAGACCACCCUGGCCCUCCAUCCCUGCGGCCAUGAGGUGCUGGCUGGCCCAGGGUCAGGUUACCCCUUUCUGCCCCUCCCCAAUAUGGGGACACCUGCUGCCGAGGGUUUGGGAUCGGAUGGAGCCCUGAAGGGACCCAGCCCCUACGGGCUGCUCCCUCUGCAAGGUCUCAGAGUCCUGGACUGACCCCAGUUGGUCCCCAGUGCAUAGAUGGGGAAACUGAGACCCGGGGAAGGGGAGUCGCUGGCCCCUGGCCGUACAGGAAGGUAGAAGCAAUGAUGGUGGGGAGAGCAGUGAGGCGCCCUGACCCUGGAGACACUUGUGCACUUAUCCUGGAAUGAUUUGUUCUGUCAUUAGACACUGACUAAGCACCUACUGUGUGCAUCAUAAGACAAUAAACAACCAAUAAUGGUAAUAAUAAUAAUAAUUUGAACUCUUCAUCUAUAUUCCCGACUCAGUGCCUCCCAUUUUUCUUACCUGAUCCAAAGGACUCCUCAAAAAUUCCCUGUGGGGGGGGGGGCUGUAUUAUGAAUACAUUUUUCAGUUAUAAGAAGGGGAGGCUCAGAGAAGUUAUGUUACUGCCCCACAUCACAGUCAGGGCAGAGCUGAGGUUCAACCCCUGGCCUGCUCACACCUCCACUGCAAAGACUCCCUCUGCUUCCCCAGACCCCACCCCCUCUGGAACCUCCUGCUCCUGCUAUGGACCCUCCUGAACUGUGGUUUGGGAGGCAGUGCUCAGUAGGGUCCAGGCGAGUGGACACCAUGGGGUUCCUGGAGCCGCUGUUCCAGCUCCUGUGGGCAGGGGCUCUCUGUGCGAAGUCGGCGCUGUAUCCGGACUGUCCCCCAGGAGCCAUGCCCUUCCGAGACCUCCAGUGUGCCCUCUACAAUGGCCACCCUGUCCUGGGCCCCCAGAAGACUUACCAAUGGGUGCCCUUCUAUGGUGCGCCCAACCAGUGCGACCUCAACUGCCUGGCCGUGGGACAUGCCUUCUACCACAGCUUUGGCCGCGUCCUGGAUGGUACUCCCUGCAGCUGGGGUAGCCAGGGACUCUGCGUGGCUGGCCGCUGCCUCAACGCCGGCUGUGACGGUUUGAUGGGCUCGGGCGCCCGCGAGGACCACUGUGGUCGCUGCGGCGGCACCAACGACUCGUGCCUCUUCGUGCAGCGCGUGUUCCGUGACACCGGAGCCUUCGCAGGAUACUGGAACGUGACUCUGAUCCCCGAGGGCGCCAGGCACAUCUACGCCGCCCAUCGGAGCCGAAACCACCUGGCGCUGAUUGGGGGCGACGGGCGCUACGUGCUCAACGGCAACGGGGAGGUGAGCCCGUCCGGGACGUAUGAGGCGGCGGGCACCCGCGUGGUCUACACUCGCGCUGCGGGGCCGGAGGAGACGCUGCGCGCGGCCGGACCCACGUCCCAAGACCUGCUCCUGCAGAUCCCUGCCCACCCUGUCCGGACACCCGCGGUCGUGCCCACCGGCUGCUCCAUUAUUGCGGCAGUGACUUUGUGUUCCGGGCUCGAGUGCUGGGCCACCUCCGCCAGGCCCAGGAGACCCGCUAUGAGGUGCGCGUGCAGCUCGUCUACAAGAACCGCUCGCCACUGCAGUCCCUCGAGUAUGUGUGGGCACCUGGCCGCUGCCCCUGCCCACCCAUGGCCCUCCAUCGAGAGUACCUGCUGGCUGCCCAGCGCCUGGUCAACCCCGAUGGCACUCAGGACCGGCUGCUGCUGCCCCAUGCUGGCUAUGCCCGGCCCUGGAGCCCCGCCGAGGACAGCCGAGUCCGCCUGGCUGCCAGACACUGCCCUGUCUGAGCCCCCAGACAAGAAAGAUGUGCCUGACCAGGCUCAAACUCAACCUAGUUCCUCUCUUGCCUGGCUUCCAAGGAACUCAGAACUGUCUCCCACCACAGCUGUGUACCUCUCCCUCAGACACACGUAUACGCCUUUGCGCACAGUCAGUCAGAUCCACUCUCACAGGAGGCAGGCGCUGAUGAGAAAACACUGAAUUGCUUCUUUAACUCUGAUUUCUUCUCUCACCCUGACUGCCAGGAAACUCAUAUGCUUUCUUUUACUCAGAAACUUUGUGUCUACUUUUAUUCCCCUUGCCUCACACUCACCUGUUUAGAGACACUCUCACACGCAAGCAGGGCCCUAGGAAGACAUGCCUAGGAGACAUUGUACUGUAUCCGUUUCCCCUCUUGCCCUGGCUACCAGGAAGCUCCUCACUGUGUAACUCCCUGAAACUCUGUGCUCUCUCUUCUGGCUGCCAUUUACCCAUGCACCACAAUGUAUUCAGAGACAUUGUCACAAACAGACAUACCCACUAGAACACAUGCCUAACUAGGCACUGUGACAUACUCAUUUCCCCUUUUGUGCUGACUACCAGAAGGCUCAGAGAUCAUCUUGUCUCUUUCAAUGUUGUAUUGAUUUCAGGUGUACGGCUUAGUGGUGAGACAAUCGUAUACUUACCUAGUGCUCCCUUUGAUAUUUCCAGUACCCAAUUAGCAUCCUACAUAGUUAUCAUAAUAUUAUUGACUAUAUUCCCUAUGGUUUACUUUACAGCCCCAUGACUAUUCAAAGAUAAUUUUGACAACCUCAGCAAUUCUAGAAGGGGUUCCUCCAGUCCACACUGCUGUUCACCCCUUUUAUAUUUCUACUUAGUUUUUACAAGCAAUUUUUUAAAACAACGGCACACUUGGCCACAGAAAUGUGUGGAUGCACUGGUAGCAGGAUCCACAACUGUGUUUUCACAGCAUGUACACAUGUGAUCUCACAAACCCCAUCCCCUCUACCUGGUCCAUUCCCCACCUCCCCUCAGAAUGUCUGACACUCUGUGGGAGGGGAGGACAGGGACUAUAUGAGGAUGGGGGGUGAGUACGGGGUAAACAUGGCUUUUAUAGGUCCCAAGCCUCUUCUCCAGGCCUGCUUGGGGGCCACACAUUCAUCUCAGGCCUCCCCAGCAAAGGAAGCAGUCAGAGCCCCUCCCCUCAGGCUAUCCUCAUCCUCCUGUGUUGUCAGAGAUUCUCUUCAUUUAUUCUUCUGGAGCAAGAGGGCAGGCAUCAGUCAUGUGAGAAGUGAGGGUGUGUGGGGGGUGGCUCAGCAAACCCUCCCCCACUCUGGGUGGGGGCGCCGUCUUCUGCCUCCCCGUUCCGGAUGGGGUGCCCCACACUGUCAUUUGGGGACAAUCUGCUCUUCUGUACCAUCAUGGUUGUGUUUUUCCUGGUAGCAUGGAUACUGGCAGUGGGCAAGGGGCACACAAUAUGCGGGUCUCAGAGCUGGAUGGGCUCAGCCCCUGACUUUGCAGAUGACCUGAGGGCAGACCACUCCCCUCUCCAGUACCCUUUCAGCCCUUCCUGGCUCUGAUCAUGGGAAUCACACUCCUCUGGAUUCCUUCCCUAGCCCCUCAGUUCACUCAUGCAUUCCUCCAACGGGUAUUUAUUGAGUGCCUACUGUAUGCCAGGGGCCCAGCAGUGCUUAGACCACCCCAGGCCUGGCUCUGUCAUCUGCAACGAGUGCUGAAGCUGGAGAAACCUCAGAGCCCCAACUUUCGUGGGCAAAGUGGGAUGCAGUUCUGGAGGGAGGUGUGGGGCCUGGGCGCCCACUGGUGGCAGGAUGGGGGAAAGGUAGUCAAGGCACUGGUUACCUGCAGCCCUGCUUCUGUACCUCCUCCUCCACACCCACUUCUCUCAUCUGCACUUGCCUUCCUCAGGAAUGCCUCUCCUCACCCACCAGCCUUACACCAGCACCCACUUACGGCUCCAUUCUUCCCACCACUGGCCUGAGGUUGUCCCCUCUGCCUCCAUGCAGUAUGGGGAUAUGUCUGGGAAUAAGGGUCUCAGGCCUUCUCAGCCCCAGAGCUCCCAAUCCCAAAUCAUCUGGACUGGCUGACGAGAGGCGCUUGCUCCUGGGAAGGGCCAGCACAGAGUCUCCUCCGGCAGGCGGGAUGGCCUGUGGCUUCCCCAGCCCUUCACAGCUCCUCCUGUAAUGGUCUUGUAACACUCCCAGUAAACAUGCCAUUGUUUCGA